CUUUUUCAAGCUGCUUUUCCCUCCAGGACUCUAUCUCAGCAGACCCCUGAAGAGACCAAAGUCUGCUGUCCUGAAGUCCAGGCUUUUUCAAGCCGCUUUUCCCUCCAGGACUCUAUCCCAGCAGGCCCCUGAAGAGGCCAAAGUCUGCUGUCCAGGUAGCAAAGAAAUGCUCCAUUUUUGCAGGGUGCUUAGUUUCCUUUUGGUGAAAGACUUUGUUCCUUACCUCUGCUACUUAGAUCUGGACCAACUCACAGAAAUAAUGAAAAUAACGGGUACACCAACUCAAGAUUUUGUUCAAAAACUGCACAGUCAGGAUGCAAAAAACUAUAUCAAAAGCCUCCCAAAAGUACAGAAAAAAGAUUUUGCAUCCGUCUUGAAGUAUGCGAAUCCUUUAGCUGUAAACCUUUUGGAAAAGAUGCUGGUGCUGGAUGCAGAGAAGCGAGUCACAGCAGCUGAGGCUUUGGUGCAUCCUUACUUUGAACCAAUUCACGAUCCUGAGGAAGAAAUUGAAGCUGAAAAAUACGACGACACAUUUGAUAACAUGGAUCUUCCGCUAGAUGAGUGGAAGCGCAUUACAUAUAAAGAGAUACUGAACUUCAAGCCACCACAGACAUCGGAGUCAAAGGAGACAGCGGUAUAA